AGGGAUCCAUCGGCUUGGCUAUAUAAAGAAGACCUUCGAGUGAAGGAUCUGAAUCAUCCCUUGGUCUUUCUCUGAUUCUUCAAUCUCUCCCCCCAAAACAACUAAAUCGUCCUCAGCUAUUCUCUCUUUCAAGAUGCAAAUUUUUGUGAAAACACUAACUGGCAAGACCAUCACUCUCGAGGUCGAGAGCUCAGACACCAUCGACAAUGUGAAGGCAAAGAUCCAGGACAAGGAAGGCAUUCCUCCGGAUCAGCAGAGAUUAAUCUUCGCUGGUAAACAGCUCGAAGAUGGCCGUACCUUGGCUGAUUACAACAUCCAGAAGGAGUCGACCCUCCACUUGGUUCUCCGGUUGAGAGGUGGUAUGCAGAUCUUUGUCAAGACUCUCACCGGCAAGACCAUCACCCUCGAGGUUGAGAGCUCUGACACUAUCGACAACGUCAAGGCAAAGAUCCAGGACAAGGAAGGUAUCCCUCCGGACCAACAGAGGCUUAUCUUUGCCGGUAAGCAGCUAGAGGAUGGCCGUACACUAGCUGACUACAACAUCCAGAAAGAGUCCACCCUUCAUUUGGUGCUUCGUCUGAGAGGUGGUAUGCAGAUUUUUGUCAAGACCCUAACCGGCAAGACCAUCACUUUGGAGGUGGAGAGCUCUGACACAAUCGACAACGUCAAAGCCAAGAUUCAGGACAAGGAAGGGAUCCCACCAGACCAGCAGAGACUCAUCUUCGCUGGGAAGCAGCUCGAAGAUGGACGCACCCUAGCGGAUUACAACAUCCAGAAGGAGUCUACCCUUCACUUGGUGCUUCGUCUCCGUGGUGGUAUGCAAAUCUUUGUGAAGACCCUCACCGGAAAGACCAUCACUUUGGAGGUUGAGAGCUCAGACACAAUCGACAACGUCAAAGCUAAAAUUCAGGACAAGGAAGGGAUCCCACCAGACCAGCAGAGACUCAUCUUCGCUGGGAAGCAGCUCGAAGAUGGACGCACCCUAGCGGAUUACAACAUCCAGAAGGAGUCGACUCUUCACUUGGUCCUUCGUCUUCGUGGUGGAAGCUUCUAAGCUUCUGUGAUCUUGUUAAAAUGUGGUGGUUCAAGUCACAUGCACUUGGGAGGUGAUCUUGUUCACCUGGUUUAGUUUGUAUUCCGUUCCGUCUGCGGGAAAAAACUUCCCUGUUUCUGUUUUUACUAUUUUCUUUUAUUUCUUAUGAACUUCGAUUGGGCUCGUAACGGGCCUUUGUGUUUCAACUUUCAGUAAUAAUAGUGUAUUGUUAACAAUGCUGCUUUUUAUUA